GCCCGAAGCUCAAAAAACGGUCGGCAUCGCCGAAGCCACAUGCCGCUUCCAAUGCUUCGGCCGUGCCGGAGCCACUGGUUGCCAAGGUUGGGCAGGCGAAAGGAUCUUCACAGAGUCCACAGCAACGACGAAUCCGACAACCAGCAGGACUCCGGUCGAACGUGCUGCGGCUGUAUUGUGCUGCGGCUUGUUGCUUCAUGAUUUUUGCAUGGACGGGCGAAGCACUGAGGCAGGAGAUACCUGCUGGGAAGUUUCAGAAGAUGGACAAGUCUUUGAUCGAUAUCAAGGACUUCGACGUUGACGAACUAGGCCCGUUUCCAAAAUGCCACGAGCAUUUUGGCAAACAUCUUGUACGAAAUGGUGGGGCUGAGAGAUGGGCCAAGAACUCUGAUGUUCCGUACGGUGGUCCAUAUCCACCUGGCCACCCCGAAAAUCCGGAGUGGUUGUCCAAAUCCGCUUCGUCAUCGAAGCCAGCUGGCGACAGGUUUGGGCAGCUACAAGCUCAAGUGCAGCUGGUUCUGCUACCUGCACUGUGUGUGAUGCUGGCGUCAAAGCAGAGCCUGUGGCUUUUCACUUCCGAGCAAGCCUCCGGAACGGUCACCCCAGUCUUGGAACAGCAGGAUGCAUACUGGCUUCCAGUUCUGGGCUCAGGAGCCCUAUUCGGCCUUUUCGUUGUUAUCAAGUUCUUAGGUCAUGAUUGGCUAAAGCGUGCAAUCACAACGGUCAUGGUUUGGGUUUCUGCUUUCGGCGUGGCGUCGAACAUCGACACUGUCACCUACCUGGUCCGAAACAAGCGUGGUUGCUUGGUCUCCUUUGCACAGCUGGAGAUCUCCCUGGCGAACAUCUUUGGCAUGCCUGCAGCUGCGGCGCUCGCAGUGGCUUAUGUUUCGACCGGUCAUUGGAUCGUGAAUAACAUCCUUGGAUUCUCUUUCUGCCUGCUUGGAAUCAGGUCCAUUAACCUGUCCAGCUACGGUGCUGGUGUGGUGCUGCUGAGCGGUUUGUUCGUUUAUGAUGUGUUUUGGGUUUUCUUCAGCAAGCCGGUUUUCGGAGCGAACGUCAUGGUGUCGGUGGCGAAGGGAGUAGAGGCUCCAAUAAAGCUAAUGCUUCCGCGGGACUUCGGUGGGUGCGGCGAUCUGCAGUUUAACAUGCUGGGCCUUGGCGACAUUGCAGUUCCAGGUUUGUUCGCGGCAUUCCUUGCCAAAUGGGAUGCUGUCAACAUAGCUGCUGGUUCGAGCAAGAGCUUUGUCUAUUUGAACUGUUGCCUUCUCGCGUACAUGCUGAGCUUGGUCUUGACGGUCGUUGGGGACCCAGCUUUCAGCUGCUGCCCAGUUCUCCUUACGUGUUCAGUCACAGAGUCCGAAGAAUCGAGACCGUGA